AUGCUCCGCUCCACCAAGGGCGCCUCCAAGGCGCGGCGGGACCAGAUCAACGCCGAGAUCCGCCCCCUGCGCGACCUCCUGCCGCUGCCCGAGGGGGAUCGGCCGCGCCUCUCCUACCUGCACGUCAUGGCCCUCGCCUGCAUCUACACCCGCAAGGGCGCCUGCCUCCGGCCCGGCCCGGCGCGGGGAGCACCCAUGGAGCUGCUGGGGGGUCCGGAGCUGGCUGACCUGGUGGCAUCGCUGCCCGGGUUCCUGCUGGCCGUCACCCGCGAGGGGAAGCUGGUCGGCGUCACCGACAACGUCGCACAGCACCUGGGGCACUCCAUGGUGGACCUGGUGGCGCAGGGCGACAGCAUCUACGACCUCCUGGAUCCGGCCGACCACCCCCUGGUGCGACAUCAGCUCACCCUGCCCGGGCCCCCCCCGGCAGAGCGCCUCUUCCGCUGCCGCUUCACCACCUCGCGGGCCUCGCGCCGUCCCAGCGCCGGGCGGAAGCUGGUGCUGCUGCGGGGCCGGUUCCAGGCCCCCCCCGGCCCCCCCGGAGCCUCCCCGGGGCUUUUUGUCGCCUUCUGCGCCCCCCUGGACCCCCCGCCCUGGCCCUGCCCCGACUGCCUGCUGCUGCCUGCCUUCCAGAGCCGCCACGCCCGCGACCUCGCCCUGCUCGACGUCUCCGACAGUGUCCUGAUCCACCUGGGCUACGGGCGGGGGGAGCUCCUGGGUCGUUCCUGGUACCGGCUCCUGCACCCCGAGGACCUCGGCCACGUCGCCCGCCAGCACCUUCGCCUCGUCCCCCCUGGGCAGGAGCAGGGGCGGAAGGCGCGGGGGGAGCUGGUGACACGGCUGCAGCGCAAGGACGGCCUGGGCUGGACGUGGGUCUACGCCCGCCUGCGCCCCGAGGGCCCGGCCCUGCUCGCCCACAACUUCAUCAUCAGGUGA